CUCAGAAGCAAUCAAGGACAUGCCAUCCUUGUCGGCGAAAUCCUGAGAAGGAGGUCAGCUAAUUUACAUAAUGCGAGAGCACAUGCGAAUAGUACAUGUGGCAUGUUCUUUUUGCUAGUAGAUGGAGGCUGAGACCAUCUGGACAAUGAGAGCAUCAAACGUCAUUGUUCGGCGCCAUACUCGUGACGUCACAAGAUGGCAUUCUUAAUGCAUGAGUUGAUCACCAUUGAAGUAAUGGAGAAUGGGAUAUUAUUUGGUGAUGGCUUCUUUCUCUCUCUCCUUUUUGUCUACUCCAUCUCUCUGUGACUGACUGCUACUAAUCAGCUGCUCUGUAACAAUCCAUCUCCAUCAACCAACCCAACAACAACCCAAACUCUCACCACCACAAAAAAAAAAAAAUCCGUCACAAUGCCGGCAAUGAACGAUUGGCUCCGCGACGACCUCUUCGGCAAAGAGCACGACCUCUGCACCGCAAUCACCUCCGCCAACCCCGCCCCCGCCGUGCUCAAGCUGUGCGCCCCCGACGCCGCCCUCAUGUUCCCCAAGAUGGACAUCAUCACCCCCGAGGACGAGGACGACUUCAAGGACGCCAUGAAGGCCCCCUUUCACCGCUUCGACGAUUACGAGAUCGAGGACAUGCGCGCCCACUUCAUCGGCCUCAUGGGCGGCGUCGUCACGUACAAGAUUAAAGCCACCAGGGGCAAGGAGAAGUACAAUGCCACGGCCUCGUCGACUUGGAACCAGGGCGCCGACGGAGAGUGGCUGCUUGUUUCGCAUUCUGAGACGUUGAUGUAA